AUGGAUGAGUGGAAACCCAACGCUCCAGCCAAACAGUUUGUUCUGCGGAAAAACCGGAGCUGGUACCUCGCCUGGAAGUACAAGCUGAUGAAUCAGAGAGCUGUCAGGCGGCUAUGCCAGAUGGGUGCCGUCCUCUUUCUGCUUGUGACUGUGAUUGUGAAUAUUAAGCUGAUCCUGGACACUAGAAGAGCUGCCAGCGAAGAGGAGGAGGAGUCUGCCCAGAACUAUGAUGAAGGUGUGCAGCAUCUGGAGACCCCGCGCCGCCCCACCAGCAGCAGGAAGGUCUUGGACAUCGAGGUGUACUCCAGCCGGUCGAAGGUCUACGUGGCUGUGGACGGGACGACGGUCUUGGAAGAUGAGGCUCGGGAGCAGGGAAGAGGGAUCCACAUCAUUGUGUUAAAUCAGGCUACGGGUCACGUGAUGGCCAAGAGGGUGUUCGACACCUACUCACCCCAUGAAGACGAAGCCAUGGUCCUCUUCCUCAACAUGGUCGCUCGUGGUCGCAUCCUGAUCUUCUCCAUUAAGGACGAAGGCUCCUUCCACCUUAAAGACUCGGCAAAGAGCCUCCUGAAGAGCUUGGGAAGCCAGGUCGCCUCGUCCCUCAGCUGGAGGGACAUGUGGAGCUUUGUGGGGAAGAAAGGAGGCGAGGUGUACGGCGAGAAGCAUUCCAAGUCCCCAGUGCUCUCCACGUGGGGGGACCCCGUCUUGCUGAAAACCGAAGUCCAGCUGACCUCCGUGGAAGAUGCCGAGUGCCGCUGGCCCGACACAGAGCUGAACCGCCGCCGGCGGAGGUUCUGCACCAAGGUGGAAGGUUACGGCAGCGUCUGCAGCUGCAAAGACCCCACGCCUAUCGAGUUCAACCCUGAUCCCCUCAAGGACAAUAAAGUCUUUAAUGUGCCUGUGGCUGUCAUUGCAGGGAACAGACCCAACUACCUGUACAGGAUGCUGCGAUCCCUGCUGUCGGCUCAAGGGGUCAACCCCCAGAUGAUCACAGUCUUUAUUGACGGGUAUUAUGAGGAGCCAAUGGACGUGGUGGAGUUGUUUGGCCUGAAAGGGAUCCAGCACACGCCCAUCAGCAUUAAAAAUGCCCGAGUGUCUCAGCACUACAAGGCCAGUCUGACCGCAACCUUCAACCUGCACCCGGAUGCCAAGUUUGCUGUGGUGCUGGAAGAAGACUUGGACAUCUCCAUCGACUUCUUCAGCUUCCUGAGUCAGUCGAUCUAUUUACUGGAGGAGGACGACAGCCUGUACUGCAUCUCGGCUUGGAACGAUCAGGGCUACGAGCACACGGCCGAGGACCCCUCGCUCCUGUACCGCGUCGAGACCAUGCCCGGCCUGGGCUGGGUGCUGAGCAAAAGCCUCUACAAGGACGAACUGGAGCCGAAAUGGCCAACCCCCGAGAAGCUGUGGGACUGGGACAUGUGGAUGCGGAUGCCGGAGCAGCGGAAAGGCCGGGAAUGCAUCAUCCCUGACGUCUCGCGCUCGUACCACUUCGGCAUCGUGGGGCUCAACAUGAAUGGCUACUUCCACGAAGCCUAUUUCAAGAAGCACAAAUUCAACACCGUCCCGAACGUGCAGCUCAAAAACGUGGAGAGCCUAAAGAAGGACGCCUACGAGAUUGAAAUUCACCGGCUCCUGGGCGAGGCUGCAGUUCUGGAUCACAGCAAGAACCCAUGCGAGGACUCCUUCCUGCCCGACACCGAGGGCAAGACCUACGUGAUGUACAUCAGGAUGGAGCAGGAAGCCGACUUCACCACCUGGACUCAACUCGCCAAGUGCCUCCACGUCUGGGACCUGGACGUCCGCGGGAACCACAAAGGCUUGUGGCGUCUCUUCCGCAAGAAGAACCACGUCCUGGUGGUGGGCGUGCCCGCCUCCCCCUACUCGUCGAAGAAGCCCUCCGCAGUGACCCCGAUCUACAUGGAGCCCCCCGCCAAGGAAGAGGUGGCCGGGCAGGUGGCAGCGGCAGAGCAGACGUGA